CGUUGCGACAAGAGAAAGAACAACGAAAGAAUUACGAAAAUAUCGCACAAGGGUGGAAUAUAUGCUGUGGGCGUCCCCCAAAAAAACGGGGGCACUUGAUAGUUGCUGAAAUUGGGCGCAUCGCAAGCAAAUAUCAAUCGUCAUCGUGUGGUAAACCAACGUCGCUGUUAAGUCGUGGUGGUAGUGACGCGAACCUGGUUGCGAUUGAAAUCGGGCAGCCACAACAGAAUUUGCUUCAGCAAAAGUCUUCCGUCCUCGACGAGAAUAGUCAGUACAUCGAACAACAACAUAUUUCUGCUCGAAAUUCGUUUGUGGAUAUAUCAAUUAAAUUACCAUCGGAAGUAACCUCGACGGCGGAAGCCGCCUCCGAGGUACCCGGCGCAAUCAAGACGACCAUCAAUAUCGGCAUUGCGAUGAACCACGUUAACGACCAGAAAAACCUUAAACAGCUCGACCUGGCACCAGUUCAGUUCAAUGAAAUCGAAGAAAUGGACACGCAAGAAGAAACACCAAAUGAUGGUGGAGGAGAUGGCAAUGAUACUAGUCCUAUGAAUGGAGAAUCGGAAUUAGGUUGUAUAGUCCAAGACCAAGAAAUGCAGGAAGACGAAGCAAGAUCGGAAGCAACAUUUCGCUACACAGUAGAAAAUGUUUCUAAAAUGAAAGAUACACAAUUGUCGCCGCCAUGUUACGUUCGCAAUUUGCCAUGGAAAAUAAUGAUAAUGCCAAGGUCAAGUCAAGCACAAGAAAGACCAGUUCAAAGAUCGCUUGGUUUUUUUCUUCAAUGUAACGGGGAAAGUGAAUCAGCAUCGUGGAGUUGUUAUGCUGUUGCAGAUCUUCGAUUACUUUCUUGUAAGGAAGGACAGGAACCAUUUAGCAGAAAGAUUCAACACCUAUUCUAUAGUAAAGAGAAUGAUUGGGGAUUCAGUCAUUUUAUGACAUUGCAGGAUGUCCUGGAUCCUGAUAAAGGUUUUAUUAAAGAUGAUUCUAUUACACUUGAGGUUCAUGUGAUGGCUGAUGCUCCACAUGGUGUCAGUUGGGAUAGUAAAAAACAUACGGGAUUUGUAGGUUUAAAAAAUCAAGGUGCUACAUGUUACAUGAAUUCUUUGCUUCAAACUUUGUAUUUUACCAAUCAGUUACGCAAAGCAGUCUACAAAAUGCCAACAGAAAGCGAUGAUUCUAGUAAGAGCGUUGCUUUGGCUUUACAAAGGGUCUUUCAUGAAUUACAAUUUUCUGAUAAGCCAGUAGGUACAAAAAAACUAACCAAAAGUUUUGGUUGGGAAACAUUGGAUUCUUUCAUGCAGCAUGAUGUACAAGAAUUUUUACGAGUGCUUUUAGAUAAGUUGGAAAGUAAAAUGAAAGGAACAUGUGUUGAGGGUACAGUACCGAAAUUAUUUGAGGGCAAAAUGGUGUCAUUUAUUAAAUGUAAAAAUAUUGAUUACAAAUCAACCAGAGUUGAAACUUUCUAUGAUAUACAGUUAAAUAUAAAGGGCAAGAAAAAUAUUUAUGAAUCUUUUAAUGACUAUGUAAGCACUGAAAGUUUGGACGGUGAUAAUAAGUAUGACGCGGGAGAACAUGGAUUACAGGAAGCAGAAAAAGGUGUUAUCUUUUCAUCAUUUCCACCAGUUUUACAUUUGCAUUUAAUGCGAUUUCAAUAUGAUCCAGUUACAGAUUGUUCUGUCAAAUUUAAUGACAGGUUUGAAUUCUAUGAUAAAAUAAGUCUUGGCAAAUAUUUACAAAAUAAAGAAGCAACAAGUGCAGAUUAUACAUUGCAUGCAGUCUUAGUUCACAGUGGAGAUAAUCAUGGUGGACAUUAUGUUGUAUUUAUCAAUCCAGCGGGUGAUGGAAAAUGGUGUAAAUUCGACGAUGAUGUCGUCUCGAAGUGUACAAAGCAGGAAGCCAUUGAACAUAAUUACGGUGGUCAAGAUGAGGACAUAUCUAUGGCUGUGAAACACUGUACGAACGCCUAUAUGUUGGUGUACAUAAGGAAUUCUGAGUUGGAAAACGUCUUGCAAGAAGUAAAGGAAGAGGAUAUACCUCAAGAGCUGGUGGAGAGGCUGCAAGAGGAGAAGAGGCUGGAACAAAUAAGAAGAAAGGAAAGAACAGAAGCAUACUUGUAUAUAACCGUCAACGUCCUUCUUGAGGAUAACUUUGACGGUCACCAAGGAAAUGACUUGUAUGAUCCAGAGCAUGCUUUGUAUCGUGUAUUUCGCGUACGUAAGCAGUGUACCUUGCACGAGUUUCUCGAAUUGCUGAGUGAUAGCUUGAAAUAUCCAGUAGAGAAAAUUCGUUUAUGGCCACUGAACGUACGUUCGAACCAGACCUGUAGACCGAUGCCACUUGAACUAGAAAUUGAUCUGCAGAGAUCCAUUUAUCAAUGCUCAGAGAAUCCAAAUGUUUGGAACGUGUUUGUCGAACUUGUUCCUCCAGAUUCAGAUUUAAGAGCAUUACCACCUUUCGAUAAGGAUACCGAUGUUUUAUUAUUUUUUAAAUUGUAUGAUCCUAAUAACAAGAAAAUUCAUUAUUGUGGCCAUCAUUAUAUGCCUGUCACAUCUAAAGUCCAGGAACUUAUACCAAUUUUAAAUGAAAGAGCUGGAUUCCCGCCGGAUACAGAAUUAGUACUUUAUGAAGAAAUCAAACCGAACUUGGUAGAAAAGAUAGAUAACUUAGCAGAGCCAUUAGAAAAAGUCCUGGAAGAAUUAAUGGAUGGAGAUAUCAUCGUUUUUCAAAAAGAAGGUGAUAAUCAAGUCUACGAACUUCCAACAUGUAAAGAAUAUUUCAAGGACUUGUUCCAUAGAGUAGAGGUAACAUUUUUUGAUAAAACAAUUCCUAAUGAUCCAGGCUUUACAAUGGAACUUUCAUUGAGAAUGACAUACGAUCAAAUGGCAAAAGCUGUGGCACAAAGGGUUGGCACAGAUCCAUAUCUUCUGCAGUUCUUUAAGUGUCAAAAUUACAAAGAUUCACCUGGACAUCCAUUAAAAUGUACAUUCGAAGGUUCGCUUAAAGAUUUGGUUUCUUUUGGUAAACCGAAAGCGAAGAAAUUGUACUAUCAGCAGCUCAGUAUUAGAGUAAAUGAGCUUGAAAACAAAAAGCAAUUUAAAUGUAUAUGGGUUGGUCCAUCUCUUAAAGAAGAGAAGGAAAUCAUUCUUUAUCCUAAUAAAAAUGGAACUGUGGCUACUUUGCUCGAAGAAGCUAAGAAACAAGUGGAAUUGUCAGAAAAUGGAUCUGGAAAGUUGAGGAUACUAGAGAUCAAUUGUAGUAAACUUUCGCCUGGACCAAAAGACGAAGUACCCCUAGAUAACUUAAAUACAUCAGGCACAAAAUUAUACAGGAUAGAAGAAGUUCCAAACGAUGAGUUAAAUUUAGCAGAAGAUGAAAUGUUGAUUCCCGUUGCACACUUUCACAAGGAUGUUUUCUCAACAUUUGGUAUUCCCUUUUUCUUUAAAAUUAAGCAUGGUGAACCUUUCCCAAAAAUGAAGGAAAGAUUAUUGAAGAAAUUAGGAGUACAAGAAAAAGAAUUCGAAAAGUUUAAGUUCGCGGUGGUGACAAUGGGUAAACCUCACUUUAUUAUGGAUUCGCCAGGAUACAUUGUUGAUCUUGCUGACUUCCAGACUCAUCCAAACCAGAUUUAUCCACUUUUAAAAGCAGGCACAUCGCCACAGAGGCCUUGGCUUGGUUUGGAACACGUCAACAAAGCGCCAAAGCGUUCUCGCAUCAACUACCUCGAAAAGGCCAUUAAAAUUUACAAUUAAAUUUUCAUCAUACGAAGAGGAAUAAAAUUAGGCAGCCACUCAUAUAAUUUAUACAACUUUAUAGUAAGAAAGCGACGUCUGACACAAAAUGGAAAUGCGUUUAUGUUUUCGGUUCUUCAGCCAGGUUGUGCGCGGUUUUAAUAUUAUGACAUGUUAACGAAAGGUAAAUCUAUGCUUUGUAUACGAUGGAUUAAGAGAGUGUAAUGAACAUGUAAUGAUACUUUGUGCAUCAUGGAACUUCUCCCUUUCGAAUCGACAGGGAUUUUACGUAGUGGCUGGAUCGAUGGUACUACGUCGAUUUCACUGUGCAUCAACAACGGAUUAGAAACUUCUAUCUGUGAAAUCAAUUUUUGUAUUUAUAACUAUUUUGCCGCAUUAUGGCAAUCGUUUAAAAAGUAUUUUCGAAGACAGUGUUUUGAAUGCAUUCAAUUCUAUCAAGAGCAAGAAUUUCUUUAAAUACGUAUUUCAUUACGAAUGUAAUUAUGGAUUGCAACUGCAGAAUGAAGAGAGCUCAAGUAAGGAAACAAAGAGGUAUUUAUAAAUGUAGCAUAAUAUUCAUUUUAUAGAAAGGCUCAUUUUUUUCGAAAUUUUGGUUAUUUGAUCCUGCCACGUAAAAUCUUUGUGUUGAUUUAAUAAGAUCCAAAGUGAUGCCUAUAUAUUGUUCUACAUGAUGUAAUACUUAACGCUCACUAUCAGAGAAGAAUUGUCUACAUAUACCUGUUUUAUAUUAUAUUCAGGAUGUUUGAAACGCAGACUUACAGUUAACCUGUAAUCUUACAUGCUGCACACUGUGGUAUUUUUUACGAAAAAAUAAAUGUUAACAUUUUGUUCAUAACAGCUCAUUUCUUAUAAUAUGCAUUUUUGUUUGUACAUUAAAAUAUCGUUGUCGAUCCUUAAUUUAAAAGCAAUCUAAACAAAGAAUUGUUGUCCAUUGUUAUAUCAAAAUUUACUAUAAAACACCAAUUAGGGUGAUUUAUUAGUAAAAUUUUCUGAAUUGCCUUCCAAACACCCUGGAAUUUUUUGCGUUUGAAUAUAUUCUUUUCUGUGUGUGUUUUAUACGCCUAUUCCUAUAUAUUUUACCGAGACUAUAAAAUUUUGCAAAUAUGUAACAGUAGACUAACAUAUUAAUGAGGCAGAAUUUUAAUUUAAAAAGAAAAGAAAGCGUCGAGCAUAGUAAAUGUUUAACUCGUCGCGCAUUGAAUGUAAGUAACUAUAUUAAAAAUACAGA